CACCCGACUUGGGCAGCAAGACUUUGUUUCUGUCAAGUCGUCUCCCCUAGGGUUUUAAUCUCAGUUUCUUGGUAUUAUCACUCGGUAAAUCGAAUCCUCACGUACAGUUGCUAUUAAAAUCGUAAAUAUAAAUCUCGAUCAUUCAAGUAUGGUGAAGAAAUCGACGGAAAUUGGUGGAUUAUCGAUCGCGCCAUUUUUGUUGAAGUGUUAUGAGAUGGUAGAUGAUCCUACGACGGACGCUUUAAUUUCAUGGAGUCCGACUAAUGACAGUUUCAUAGUGUGGAAUGAARCUGAGUUUACUUCCGAAUUGCUUCCCAAGUACUUCAAGCACAAUAACUAUUCCAGCUUCCAACGCCAACUCAAUAUCUACGGAUUUAGGAAAACUGAUACAGAUCGAUGGGAAUUCGCGAACGAUGGAUUUGUCAAAGGCCAAAAGCAUUUGUUGAACUCUAUCAACAGAAAAAAGGUGACACAGGUCACAGCUCAGCAAAAAGUCACACAGCAGAAAGCUCCUGAGCUGGCCAAGCUCAUAGAUGUCAGCAAACAUGAAGAAAAACUAUGGAAGGAAGUAGAGAGUCUCAAGACCGAUAAGAACAUGUUGAUGCAGGAAUUAAUUAAACAGAGGGAACACCAAGAGACUUCACAAACUAAGAUGUUGGUUCUGCGAGAGCAACUAAAAGGUAUGGAAAAAAACCAGCACCAAAUGCUGUCAUUCAUAGUUAUGGCGAUGCAGAGCCCUGGUUUUUUCAGUCAACUGUCGCCGCCAGUACAACGUACCUGGCUUAAGUCCGAACGUAGUAGUAAAACUAUACUGAAACCAGUUACCAAAGAUAGUAAAAGAGUAGUUCACCCUCAGGAGGGUGCAAUCGUGAAAUAUCAGCCACCAAUUGAAACACCAGCCAUAAUUUUGGAAGAUCCAGUGGAAUUGGAUCUUACUUGUGAGGAUCUUUUUAUGGAUUUCAUGCCUGGAUCGACAUUGGAUGACGGUAUAAAUUCUCCAGAAAAUUUGGUUCCAUUUAUAUUCCAUGAUCUGCCUGAUAGUGAGAACAUGUUAGAUCAGCUUCUUUCUAGUCCCGUAAACAAAACCAGCAAAGAUCUUAUUGACGAUGGACGCGGUACCCAGGAAAUAGGGCCAGAUGGGUUUCAAUUUUUGACAGAAGGAUUUGGGAGAUCCCUAACUGUGUCAACCAAGGAGGGGAACUUCAUUGUAUAGUGGGCUUUAGUAGUUCUUGAAAGCAACCAUGGGGAUGAUAUUUUUGGCCUUCUCAUACAGCUUUAUCAUCCAACUUCAUUAGCUUCAGUAUUGUGGUAUUAAGUUUAUAUCCUCAAAAUCGAUUUCUCGAUCUAAAACUCUAACUUGUAAAUUGCUGAUAUUAUAAAUACAUUGUUUAAACA